AUGGCCACCCCCGAUCUCGCGCUGCUGACCCUGACCCUCUUGCACCAGCUGGUGGUGCUCUGCGUCGCUGUGCACCUGGUCUGGAAGAGGGACUGGCCUCCGUACGUUACCAAGAACGUCACCCUGGUUGCGGCUACGGGACUGGGGAGCUCCUUGCACGCCCUUGGAGCCCUCGUGGCGUACGGCGCUCUGGAUAGAGAUAGCGGCGACUUGUUGGCGAGGUGCGGGGUGGAGGCGCUGCUGACGUUGCUCGGGAUGGCCCUGCUGUUCUUUCCGGCGUUUGUGCGGGUGUACCGGAACCACAUGGUACUCGUUCGGCACUCGGCCUCCAUGUGGGCGCCCAUGGCCCAGCUGCAGCUCGUCUCUCUGCCCUUCCUGGUACCGGCGAUCACCUACACGCUGGAUCCGUCGCUGGCGGAGUUCGAGGACUACCGGAACCGCUGCAUUGGCAACACUGGGAUAAACCUGGCGGUCUUCACGUUCAUGGCGGCGGCCGUCUCUGUGGGGACGGUGCUGGUUGCCCGGAUAAAAGCCAAGCGAGUGCGGAAGCAGCUGAACGACGACACGGUCAUGAUGACCUCCGUGGCGUUCUUGCUGGUUUGGGUGCUGUACCUCAUCCCGACGGGGCAUUGGUUCUGGGAUGACAAUCCGAGCGCGACCCGCCGGCUAGCGAUGGUGGACAGUAUCGUGGUGAGAACGCGCUUGGCUGUGCCCCGCAUGAUGUUCUCUUGA